GAAUGAGGGGGGAGAGAAGGGGUGCGCAUUCCCGCAUUGGCUGUGCAGCCAAAACUCCGAGGCGCCUUGCGGGACUCCAGAGCCGAACAUGGGGUUCGGGUUCGUCACCGCGUGCGUAAAGCGAAGUUUUUAACGAGUUCUAACGAGAAAAAGUUCGGAGACGCGCUUCUGGAGGAGGACACUGCGUCGGUUUGUGUGAGGACUUUUAUCCGCCAGCUUCCAAAAAAGUUAAAAGAUACAAAAAUAAAAACAGAAGAAAGGAAGCGAGAAGACGAGAGGCUUUACUGGGAACUCUCAGCUCUCUGGAUCCUCUCAGCUUCUUCCAGGGAAUCUGGGGAUCCCUUCAGGAUUUUCAUGCUGAGUUUUCCUUGAACUAGAGGGCCCAGGCUGUCAGGGGAGCAGUAGGUCCGAGGAGCUCCAAUGCCCGUGGACAUGCAGCCACAUCAGGGGCUGUAUUACUAUGAAAACUCUCCCAGUCAGCCUUCCAGAGGCCUAGUGCCAUCUGACCAGUCCCCCUACAGCGAUGUGUCUUCUCUGCGAGCCCCGCUCCUUGAAGGGCCUCCUCCAGACUGCCACACAAUGUAUAAUCCCAUGGCUCCCAGCAUGACUCAUGGAUCAGGAUCGGGACCAGGGCAGGGGAAUGGUCACUGCUUGGAUCAGUACAUGAGGCCCCCUCAAGCCCCUCCACCUCACAGUAUAAUGGGCCAGAGGGGCAUGCCGCCCACAGACGGCUGCAACAGCGCCCCCUACUGCAAUCAGAACAACAUGAUGUCUUCUCAUCAGAACUUCUGUCAGGUUCAGCCCAGCUCGGAACAUAUUGGGUCUGGUGAUGGCUCCAGGUUCUCCACUCCUCGCUCCAUGCUGAAGCUGAGUAAAAAGAGAGCUCUGUCCAUUUCACCCUUAUCUGAUGCCAGCGUGGACCUGCAGACUGUCAUUCGGACCUCACCCAACUCUUUAGUGGCCUUUGUCAACUCUCGCUGCAACCCAAACGGUGCCAGCUCCUACGGGCAUCUCUCUGUGAGCGCCAUGAGUCCAUCCCUGAGUUACUCCAGCAACGUAAACUGCCUCUCCAGACAACAAGGGUCCAUGUACGGAGGAAACGGGGCUACACCUUUGGGUGGCCAUACACCAGGUCCCUGCCAAGCUUCACGCUUACCUCCCCACAAUCCUCGGCUCCAGGCUCCACCCAAGCAUGGACACCUGAAAACAGAGCCAGGUCUUGGAGGAAUGAUGGACGGAUUGAACGUUAAGAGUCUGGAGGAGAGGUCGGAGGCAGACAUAGCCAGUCCUUCAUCUACAGGCACUCAGGAUCAUUUGAUGGGCCUGUUGGACGGCAGAGAAGAUUUGGACAAGGAGGAUGGGAAGCCUGAGCUGGAGGCCGUCUACGAGACUAACUGCCACUGGGAGAGCUGCAACAAGGAAUUUGACACACAAGACCAGCUGGUUCAUCACAUCAACAACGAGCACAUCCAUGGAGAGAAGAAGGAGUUUGUGUGUCACUGGCAGGAGUGUUCUCGAGAGCAGAGACCUUUCAAAGCUCAGUACAUGCUGGUGGUUCACAUGAGAAGGCAUACAGGAGAGAAGCCACACAAGUGCACUUUCGAAGGCUGUAACAAGGCCUAUUCUCGCCUGGAGAAUUUAAAGACCCACCUUCGCUCUCACACCGGAGAGAAACCUUAUGUGUGUGAACAUGAGGGCUGCAACAAAGCCUUUUCCAAUGCUUCAGACCGGGCUAAACAUCAGAACAGAACUCAUUCUAAUGAGAAACCUUAUGUUUGUAAGAUCCCUGGUUGCACUAAACGAUACACAGACCCCAGCUCUCUGCGUAAACAUGUGAAGACGGUACACGGCCCCGAGGCUCACAUCACCAAAAAACAUCGUGGGGACACAGGCCCUCGACCACCUGGCUCCGCUAUGACCCCUGGAGGUCCAAACUCUGAGCUGCUGCUGGAUAAGGAGGAGGCGCGCAGGGAGGACUGUAAACUAUUGGCCCCCGAGACUUCUCUGAAGUCCCAACCAAGCCCUGGUGGUCAGUCAUCCUGCAGCAGUGAACGUUCUCCACUGGGGAGCACCAACAACAAUGACAGCGGAGUGGAAAUGAACCUAAACACAGCAGGGAGCUUGGAUGAUCUUACAGCAUUGGAGGAUGGAGUUACAGGUGGAAGCGGAGGAGGGGAGCCAGGAACAAUGGGAAUGUCUGCCCAAGCUCUGAAAAGGCUGGAGAACCUUAAGAUUGACAAGCUAAAGCAAAUUCGAAGACCGACACCUCCCGGUCGCUGUGCCAGCAACAAGCUUCCCGUCAUUCCUGGUUCAGGAGAAAGCAUGGGAAUGUGUGCACCUUCUCCACUUCUUUCCAACCGACGUGUUAUGGAGCUGUCCAAUAAGGAGCUUGGAGGUGGAACCAUUGCCAACUCUGCUAAUGAUAGAAGAGGAAGUGGUACAAGCAGCAUGAGUUCUGCGUACACUGUGAGUCGCCGUUCCUCCAUGGCAUCUCCUUACCUAUCCAGCCGGCGCUCCAGUGAGGUCUCACAAAUGGGAGGAACAGCAGGGGGAGGAUGCCACAUGCUUAGCCCAGAAAAAAAUGGAGGAGAACCCCUCUCACCCGAGAGCAACCGCAGAGGGGGUCCCUAUCCUGGAGGUGGAGGACUACCAGGUCUCCCAAAUUUAACACCAGCGCAGCAAUACAAUCUAAAGGCCAAAUAUGCCGCAGCAACUGGUGGGCCACCACCCACUCCUUUACCUAACAUGGACCAGCCAGGCACGCCAGUUCGAAGAGGAGGUCUCCUGAGCGAGUACCAGGGGCAACAUCUGCCUCCUUUCCUGCAGCAAGGUGGUCCUCGUAGACACAGUGCCAAUACAGAAUAUGGCACUGGUGUCAUCUACCCUCACCAGGCCCCAGGUAACAACUCCAGGAGAGCUAGUGAUCCGGUUCGAGUAGCAGCAGAGUCCCAAGCACUUCCAAAACGCUUCAAUAGCCUUAAUAAUGUAGCCAUGAUGGGCCGAAGAAAUGCACUGCAGCAGCAUGUCUCUGACAUCAGUCUUUCUCGUCACAUUUACUCCCCUCGGCCACCUAGCAUUACAGAAAACGUUAUGAUGGAAGCAAUAGGUAUGGAGCCUCAUCUCACUCCUGUUGAUACAAGGGAGCAUUCCAUGAUUGUUGCCCCUGGAGACAGAAACUUCAUGAGCUAUCAGCAGCAAAAUCAGACCAUUGGAGCCGGGGGUCCACUUGCAAAUCAGCUGUCCCCAAGCCAUGAUUCUCUUGCCUCAUCCUACUACCAAGGCCAUGGAGGGGAGGUCCUUUCUAGAGCUGGUGCAAGUUCACUGGGCCAAGCAAGGCCCGCACAGCAGGAGGGCAUGUCGAAUGCACUCCUCCAACAAGCUGAAUACAGCAUGAGCACCUGCCAGCUCAGUCCUACAGGCCCACAUUACCCCAAUGUAGGCCAGGGUGGAGGCAGUGGAAGUUCUUGGAAUGGAAACCACAACCAAAUCCAAACUUUGAACCAUACUAUUCAGAACCAGCGAUCAAUGCCGUAUUCAGAUCCCAAUUUACAUCCUCAGCAGACACAAGCCCAUUUCAGUAAUCAGACAGGGCUUUACAACAGUACUGAUGGGACUCACAAACUCAUUAUCAAGCCUGAGCAGCAGUUCCCCUCUGGUUUGGGUGGAGUGGGUUCUUGUCAAAGUGCAAAGCUCCAACAGCAACAAAUGCUCCUGCAGCAAACACAGGGUUACCCUCAACAAAUGGGCCAAGGAGCGAUGAGAAGCUCCAGCCAUCCCAGCUGUGACUUUCAAGGGCCAAACCAGAACUGUUUCCCCAAUGCAGGAGGGGUAAGCUUGGGCUGCACGGGUUCUGCACUAUCUGAGGGUCAGAGGUCAGAGACCCCAAUGAUGCAGGUGAAGGAGAUGAUGGUGAGGAAUUAUGUGCAGUCCCAGCAAGCGCUUAUGUGGGAGCAACAACAAGAACAGCACCAACAGGGUGGCAUUAAACCUCCUCUUGUUUCUGACAACAUGGAUCAAACGGCAAUCAUGCAACACAGUCCAGAGCAGCAGAAUCAGAAUCUUUACUCCAAUCAGUCAUAUUCCUCUUUUCCUGAUCGGAAUCUGGUUAUGAGCCCCGCCACCCACAACCGGGGGUCUGCGUCAGUUACACCUAAAGACCAGCAUCUCACAGGUAUCCAAGGGUCUUGCUAUAAUCCGGAAAUGGUGGUACCCAGGCCCCCUCAGGGGCCAAAGCCUCUCAGUCGUCAGAACAGCUCGUCACAGGUAGGAGGAAGCUACCUUGGUAGCUCCCCCCACGUCAGCCCUGUUCACUCGACUUCGAGCCCCAGAAGAGGUGUUCGACUUCCCCCAGUCCAGCAUCCACUGCACCCUCAAAAUGAAAUGUUCUCUCCCAACAACAACAUUUACUACUCAGGUCAGGUUAACAUGGAGGUGCAGAAAACCUUGGAGCCCCCAAACAGACCUUGUCUUAACCAGCAGCAUAGUAUUGGGUCCAGUUUAGACCCCGUAGUUGAUUCAAAGUCGGCCCCCAUGGCCCCUUUUCCCGAGUCUGGUCCUGUUUCAAAUGCCUUAGAAAACCUGGACUUGGAAAAUGCCCGCAUAGACUUUACAUCCAUUAUUGAUGAUGCAGAUUCGUCCUCGUUUAGUCCGGUCAACAAUAACCUUCAGGGUCAUCUGGGAUCUUCUUCCCAAACCUCCUCCCGCCUCACCAUCCCACAGACUUUUGUCAGCCUUACUCCAGGUUCUGGUCUAUCAAACAUGGCUGUUGGUGACAUGACGUCCAUGCUUACUUCACUAGCUGGAGAAAAUAAGUACCUGAACACUCUGUCUUAGGGAAUUAUGGAGCAGCUAGGCAUUUGAUUAGACUAAAAAAAUACAUAUAUUUGGCCUCAAAUUUCUCUGGGUUUUCAAACUCACAUUUUGUCACUUGAGAGUAUACGGAAGAACAAGAUUGAUCGAUGCUGUGUGAUAUUAGCCACUUUUAAGACUAAAACCCAAACUACAAUGAUGUUGAUCUAUGAGACCUGUUGCUUAAUAAGGACUCAUGACAAUUAAUCAUAUUCUCAUAUGGGUGAUAAAUGAGACAAAUCUACUUUAGCGGCCUUCUCACAAUUGAAAAAAAUUAUGCAAAUUACCAUCAAAAAGCCUUAAAACCAAACGUGCCCCAUCAUUAUUUGUUUUCUACUGCCUUGGUAUGGUCUUCUAUGACAUUUUUAACAAUAAAACAAAUGUUGUGAUUUUUACUGACAAUGUUGAACAGGUAUCGUUUUUGCAAAGGGCGUUGGUAACAGGAACAAGGAAGGAUACGUGUAAAUAUGUUAUUUUUUCUACACAAAUUUUGUUUAUGACAAUGAGACAUUGGAUAGUUAUGUCUUUUGAUAGUCUGCUUAAUAGUUUGCUUGAAGCUCAACGUCCAGGUUGUUUGAAAAGAUAAAACUGUGCUUUUAGUGAUUGAGAUUUGUUUUUCUGAGCUAGUAAUUCUGCGUGUUUUGCUCUGGAUUCUCACCUAUUUUAGUAUCAACACAAUCCGACGACACAUAUCAGUAUUUCUACUUAUGCACCAGUGUAAAGGAAUCGAAUCGCAUGUUGUAUCACAGCACAUGUGCACACACACAGACACUCAGGUCCUGUUUUGAAUAUUUGUAUUUACCUUUCCAGACAGAAAGUUUGCACUCCAUGUGUUUACUGUCCCUAAAAGCAGCUGUGUACUUGUUUUUUUUUUCUGUUGUGUUUAUACCAGCAUGUACCUAGCCUUUUCUAAGGUACGUAUAACAAGCAACGUGCAUAAAUGUUCAUGUCAGUUUGUCGACGUGCGUAAUAAACUCAAACAUAACCUACAGCUCAUCCAUGACUGAAAACUCAACAAAGCUGACUGUAAUUUAGAGACUGGUGUACGUUUAUAGGACAUAAAGGCUCUAAUCUCAAGAGGAGGAACUGUUUUGAAAAUUCAGCCAAAUUAUUUAGAGGACAUUGAAAAGCAUGGAUUUGUAUGGUUUCGAUUCAGAAACAUCCAAGCUGCAUCCCAUGAUGUAAGCUGCAGCUUUUUGUUUAAUUAAUUAUAUUCAGUGGCUUUGUGCCGAUUCUACAGUACAGCAAUGAAAGAUCCCUCCUUCUCAACCACUCACAUGAACCUCAUUUUUGACCACAAUAGAGAAUUUACUUAAGAUUUUUUAGACAGUUAAUCGACGUGAGCCUGCCGACGUGCAGUGGGAGCUUCACUAAAGCAUUUCCCAUGACUUUUCACCAAAUCACAGUAUUGUCACGUCAGUUCACCAAGCACCAUCACAAAUGGAUAUUUCUUUAUUUUGGAACAAGUGCAAAACCUACCAAAGACUUUAAAGUUCGAAAGAAAACAAUGCACAAAUGUGAGUAUUAUGAGUCAACACUAACACUAGAGAUCAGUAAACCAACAUGCAUUGUUAGUGCUGUUAUAUAGAAUGUAUGAAAUGUUUUGUACAAAAUCUUAUGUUUAUGAACUUUAUGGAUGCUGCCUUUUGUGUGUGUGUGUGUGUGCGUGCGUGCGUGCGUGUGUGUGUGUGUGUGUGCGCGUGCGUGCGUGAGAGAGAGAGAGAGGGUGAAAGGGAUGUGUCUGUAACUGUCAUCUUUCAUUCUGACUUUUUUGCUGGCAAAAGAAUAUCACUUUUUAGCAACAAAGCUAUAUUAGUAGCAAUAACUUUAUUAGAUAAAAAGUGAAGUGUUUUAUUUUGUGAACAGUUUUCUACAUUUUUAUACAUAUUGUGCUAUAAUGUACCAUUUUAAGAAAUAAAGGUGCAGUUUGAUAUGGUU